AAAAAAAAAAACAGCAGCGAAAACGGAGGCGGCGGACACGCGGCUGUAGAGAAGCAGCGCUUUAGCCCGAUGACGACGACGCUGUAAAACUUCCAAGGAAGAAUUCCUCUCAUGUCAGCGCUUUUGGUGAGCUUUCCCGUGUAGUGGUCGCGGUGGUCGUAGCGGGAUUCGCGGCAGGGUUCGGCUGCGCUCGCUCCGCGUCGCAAUGGCAGCUCUGUACCAGGGCACGGACGCCUCCUCCCCGGACAAAUUCCUGGCCUUGAAGGAUGUGAGAGAAGUGAAGGAGGAAACUACGCUGGAUGAGAAGCUCUUUCUGCUUGCGUGCGAGAAAGGGGAUUAUUACAUGGUGAAGAAACUGCUUGAGGAGAACCGUCACGGCGAACUCAACAUCAACUGCGUGGACGUGCUGGGCCGAGACGCGGUGACCAUCACCAUCGAGAAUGAAAACCUGGACAUCCUUCAGCUCCUUCUGGAGCAUGGUUGCCAGGCGACAGACGCCUUGUUGGUGGCUAUAGACUCAGAGGUAGUGGGAGCUGUAGACAUCCUUCUCAACCACAGACCAAGGCGAUCUUCAAAGCCUUCGAUUGCGAAACUAAUGCAGCGGAUCCAGAACCCGGAGUAUUCCACCACCAUGGACGUGGCCCCCGUCAUCCUGGCAGCGCACAGAAACAACUACGAGAUCCUGACCAUGUUGCUCAAACAGGAUAUCUCUCUUCCCCGGCCUCAUGCUGUAGGCUGCGAGUGCACGUUGUGCAAUGCUAAAAACAAAAAGGACAGCUUACGACACUCCAGAUUUCGCCUGGACAUUUACCGCUGCCUCGCCAGCCCCUCUCUCAUCAUGCUGACCGAGGAGGAUCCCAUACUCAGAGCGUUCGAGCUGAGCACUGACCUGAGGGAGCUGAGCCUCGUAGAGGUGGAGUUCAGGAACGACUAUGAGGAACUGGCACAGCAGUGUAAGACGUUUGCCAAGGACCUGCUGGCUCAAGCUCGGAACUCUCGAGAGCUUGAGGUGAUCCUCAAUCACACUUCCAGCGAGGAUCACGUUGACAAGAGAGGCUUGAUGGAAGAGCGCAUGAACCUCAGCCGACUUAAACUUGCCAUCAAGUACAACCAAAAAGAGUUUGUGGCUCAAUCCAAUUGUCAGCAGUUCCUAAACACCGUUUGGUUUGGAGAGACAGCUAGCUACAGGCGCAAGCACACCUGUCUCAAGAUAGCCACUGUUCUGAGCGUGGCCUUUCUUUGGCCGCUGCUCUCCGUCUGCUACCUGCUGGUGCCACGCUCCCGAGUCGGCCACAUAAUCCACACGCCCUUCGUAAAGUUCAUCAUCCAUAGUGCCUCCUACCUCACCUUUCUGCUCCUGCUCAACUUGUACUCACUGGUCUACAAUGAGGGCAAGAAAAACACAAUGGGCCCCGCACUUGAGAUGGUCGAUUACCUCCUCAUCCUCUGGAUCAUAGGAAUGGUGUGGUCAGACGUGAAGCGUCUGUGGUACGAAGGGCUGGAGGACUUUUUGGACGAGUCUCGGAACCAGCUGAGCUUUGUGAUGAAUUCACUCUACCUAGCCACCUUUGCCCUGAAAAUUGUGGCUCACAGCAAGUUCAAAAAAGAGCAGCAAGAGAGGAAGAACUGGGAUGCCUUCCAUCCCAUCUUGGUGGCUGAGGGCCUGUUUGCUUUUGCCAAUGUUUUAAGUUACUUGCGACUCUUCUUUAUGUACACAACCAGCUCCAUUUUGGGACCGCUACAGAUCUCCAUGGGCCAGAUGCUGCAGGAGUUUGGCAAGUUUCUGGGCCUCUUUCUACUUGUGUUAUUUUCUUUCACCAUUGGACUCACCCAGCUCUAUGGAAAGGACCAUAAAGACCCUUUCAAGAAGUCACCCAAGGACUGUGAGGGCAUCUUCUGCCAGCAGCAGAGCAACGAUGCAUUCCACACGUACGAGCAAACUCCAAACUGUCACUUUGGACAGUUUAUAGGGACCUGCUAUGCCCUGUUCUGGUACAUCUUCUCGUUGGCGCAUGUUGCGCUCUUCGUCACCCGCAUCAGUUACACAGAGGAGCUGCGCUCUUUCGUCGGGGCCAUGAUAAUAGGGACCUACAACAUUGUGGUUGUCAUCGUGCUGACCAAGCUCCUGGUGGCCAUGCUCCAUAAAAGCUUCAGACAAAUUGCUAAUCAUGAGGAUAAGGAGUGGAAGUUUGCGCGGGCCAAACUCUGGCUUAGCUACUUUGAUGACAAGUGUACUCUGCCUCCACCGUUUAAUAUCCUCCCCUCGCCAAAGACUAUUUGCUACUUGGUGACCAGCCUAAGCAAGUGGAUCUGUUCACAUACCUCUAAGGGCAAGAUGAAAAGACAGAAUAGCCUCAAGGAAUGGAAGAACCUGAAGCAGAAGCAUGACGAGAACUAUCAGAAGAUCAUGUGCUGUCUGGUUCACCGCUACCUGACCUCUACGAGACAGAAGAUGCAGAGCACUGACCAGGCCACAGUAGAAAAUCUGAAUGACCUGCGCCAAGACCUUUCCAAGUUCCGCAAUGAGAUGAGGGACCUGCUGGGAUUCCGGACGUCCAAAUACGCCAUGUUCUACCCAAGGAGUUAGAAAUAAAAACUUGUUCUCAUUCCCAUCUCUUCAAAUCUUUGCUUCAUGUUACCUGGGAUACUAUCUAACCCAAGCAUGUACAAAAAUUCUGCUCUUUUGAGUCACUGAGGCAACUUUAAAACUAGGACCUUUAUUAGAAAAAUAUGUAUUCACCACCAAUACUUCCUGAUCCAGCCCCCCAUUAGUUACUCUGAUAUUUAAUCUUUUUUUGUACAUAAAGAAAUUAUUGUUUUCAGCGGAAAUAUAAAUAAAGAUUUGUGGAAAAUCGUGACUCUCCUGGGGUUCCGUUGCAUAAUGGCAGAGAGCCUUAGCUGACUCUAACAUAGGCUUUAUUAAUUUGUUACUAGAAAGCGG